AUGUCAGACUCGAAGAGCACGGUCAACCAGAUGACCCUCGCGUCCGAGCCUGGUCAAGCCGUCGGGAUCGCCGUCGCCGCACAGAAACCUCGUGAGUCUGAGCAGUCAGUGCCGGCUGGCAGUGUUGGUGCUGCAAACUCCCAGGACACGGGCACCCUCGUCUCCUCCGAGUCCACGAUGCCCAUCGAAGAAGUCGACGCCGACAUUUUGUACACUAGAGGUCCAACUCCACAAUGGAUACAGUUCCUGGUGCCGACUGGUGAUGGGGAAGCUCAAUGGAUGCCGUCAACUGCCCUACUCCACGACAAAAAGGCGGGAGUCCAGUUCACAAUUGUCGACAGACCCGUGGCGGCAAAGUUGCGCUUUCUCACAGACGUUGACCAAAAUAAAGUCAGCCAGGGAAAAGCUGACAAGGACAAAGUUGGCAAGGACAGCUGCACCUGUCUGGAUUUCAAUCUGCACGCCUCCAACGACCCUCAAGAAACAUGGUGUGUUUUGGGCCUUUGGAUAACCGAGCAGUACGAGAAGAAUAAUGGCGGCCUGUGUGCCAUCGACGUUGAAUUUCAUACGACUGGUGGGAUCUCCCAUCGCCUCUAUAGGGAUCCUGGCUUCGACGAAAACCCCGAAUCCGGUUCCAUAUGGAACUAUAUGCGCUCCCUGACCAAGGCAGCCUCUUCCACCCAACGGACAGUGAAAUUCCGCAUCGUUGUCGAUAGUAGCAAAGUUAGUAUGUGCGGUGCCCUUCUGUGCGCCCUCCGCGACCUCAGCAAUUCGCUCCCCAGGAAUUAUGCUUGGGCCCCCUAUUGCCUAGACGAAGGGUCUGGUUACCCGCUGGUUAUGCGUCAGAAUUCCCGUGCAUUGGUGAAGAAGCGCUGGGGCCAGCAAAUCGUGCCCUUUAUAGCGCAAAACUACUUUUACGACUUGGACCACUAUCUGGCGGUCAUGGCUUAUGCCACGGCAAUCGAGUCCGAACAGCGGUCUUUGCAGCUCAAUCGGAUCCAAGGUCUUCCGGUAAACAUCUCUAUAUUGAGUGUUAACCCCAAGGUCGUGGUCCUUGCUCAAGUUCGUACCUUGCGCUACAUUGACGAUGUUGAAAAGAUCCUGGGUAGUAUGGCCGGCGGCGUGCAGCUGAAACUUUGGGCGCCUUAUGCUGGACAUUUGCAGGGACCAAUUGCAAAGGGGUAUAUCUCCGUGAACACCUGGUCUCGCUCUUCCGGUAGGAUGUUCCACAUUAAGAUCACUGAUUAUUCGCAUUCCUUCUUUUCGAACUGCUUGAGUUUCAAUGCAUCGUGUCACGGAUGGAUCUUUUUCUCGACACCUGGUGCAAUAAUCAUGGAAAAGCUGGCGGCUCUCGAGAUACUCAAGCACAGUGGAGUAGCUCGCUCUGGCUGGGGCCCGCUGCUGCUGAACCAUGAGCCGACUGCCUUGCCAGAUGUCGACCUGCUGAAGGGGGUAGCUAGAUUGACAAUCUCUCUGGCCAAAGCAGACCUACGGCGGCGGCUCAGGCCGUGGCACGAGGUUGGGAUGCGUGCUGUUGACGCACUCCGUUCUGCUAAAGGCGGAUGUCUGCUCGUACAGGGUGGCGCUAGACGAAGGGCACUCCUGGUCGCGCUGGCUCUCUUCUUCGCUGCAUGCGACUUCAACGUCUUCCUCGUUGGCGAAACCCAUGUGGUAGUUGAAGAGCUGUUUGAAGAGCACCAGCGUCUUCUCAAUACUCCAUACAUCGUCCAUAGAGCCCCGGUCUAUAUUCACAGGAGCCACAAGGUAGGACGCGUUUUGGCCGCCAGCGCUGCAAACGGAAAAAGGACCAUCGUCAUUGCCGACAGGGAUGCUGAAGCCCACGAGGCUUCCGCUUUGAUUCCGCUUCUCGCUUCCCCCUAUGUUGUUGGAACCAUUCGAGGCGCUGAUCCAACGCGAGGGUGCGCGAGAGGCUCGGAUAGCAACGAAUUCGGGGAGCAGCUGGGCAAGUCGCUGUUUGAUCGGCUUCGUGCUGGCGGGCACCCUUGUAUUGUACUCCCUUGA